AUGGAUGCCCAUGACCGAACAGAGAGUAAAGGUGGCAGCCUUGUUUUGACUUUGGAAAGGAAGAUCUAUGAUCUGCAACAGGAGAAGAAAGAUCUAACUUCACAACUCCAGAAUCGUCAUGGAAGUGAUAAAACCAGCAACAGCAACAAUGUGUUGGUGGAAGGAAAACUUGUCGAGUUGCUCAGACAAAAGUCAGAACUCGGUCAACAACUGAAGCGCUUGAAGCAAGAGAAAGACGACUCGAUCUCACAGCAUAAAGCAGCUAUCAACCGGAUCAAGAAAGAAAAAGAAGAUCUAGAAAAACUCUACAAGUCUUCGUUGCGGGAGAAAUCAGUUCUUCUUGAAGAAAAACUCCGCCAUGAUAGUAAGGUUUCUCAUCUCAAAUCAGAGCUUAAACAUCUCAAGUCAAAAUUCAAGGACAAAAUGGAGAAAAACCGACCGAUGACCAAGGAUGCCUUCCGCCAGAAGAAGAUCACUAACCAGGUCGUAACCCAAGAGGAUAAUGGAAAGAUAACAGCCUUGACUCAAGAAAUUGAGAAGCUUCAAGAAAAGAUCGCUGACUUGAAAAUCAAAAUGGCUGAAAUCUCCAAAGAACUGGAACAGAGUCAUCAAGAUUGUCAGAAAGCAGAGGAAAAGGUUACCAGGGCAUCUCAACAGCGCCAGGAUUUUGAAAAUCGUUUGGAUAUCAUAAACGAAGAAAAGGACAAACUUUCUUCUCAACUCGAAGACAUCCAAAAGGAAAAUAAGGAACUAACUAAUCAGUUGUUCACUCUGAAUGAAGAGAAAAUAGAGCUCCAAUCCAACGCUGAUUGUCUGGAAGAAGAGAAAAGUGAUCUAUCUACCCAGCUCAGUGAGGCUCGCAAACAAUAUCAGUAUUUGGAAGAAGGAUUUGCGGCUGUAUACGCAGAGAAGAAACAACUUCAAGUUCUUAACGUUAGUUUGGAGAAGGAAAGAGACAGUCUAUCAGCUCGGAUCAACGAAAACCAUCAUCAGGGUCGAGAGCAUAGUUUGUCAGAUGAGGAUCAAGAUCUAGAAUGGGACCAAGAUAUAGAUCUAGACCAGGAACCAAUUCAGGACUUCACGGAGGAUGACAACCAAGAACUAGAAUGGGACCAAGAGAUACCAUUCAAGAAACCAAAGCCUUGCUUCACUGAGGAGAACCAGGAUCUAGAAUGGGACCAAGAGAUACCAGUCCAGAAACCAAAGCCUUGCCUCACUGAGGAGAACCAGGAUCUAGAAUGGGACCAAGAGAUACCAGUCCAGAAACCAAAGCCUUGCUUCACUGAGGAGAACCAGGAUCUAGAAUGGGACAAAGAGAUCAAAUCAGUCCAGAGCAAAUCGUACCAAUCUCCCUCUAGUAGUUUUGAAAUAGAAAAACACGGACCGAAAUUCGAACUCAGGAAGAGCCCCCAACAUUGUCAGGUGCUUGAUCAAACAUUCCAGAAAAAGACAACCAUCAAGAAACAAUCUAGCAAUCAGACAGAGAAUGGAGAAGGUCUCUCAAAUGAACUUCAGGAGGCUAACAACAAAUACCAGGAGCUGGAGCAAGAAUGCGAACUGUUGCUAGGUGAGAAGCGCGAGUUUCAAGCUCUAGCAGACAGCUUAGCUGAAGAUAAUUACAAGCUAUCAUCUCAGAUUGGACAAGAGUACGAGGAAAGACGUAACCUGGAAGACAAACUGAAUUGUUUAGAGGAAGAAGUUGAAAAGCAAGAACUUUCUACAAAGCUGAAGGACGAAAAAUCCACCCUUUCCUCCUCACUCGAGUCUGUGCAAAAUCAAUGCAAGGAAUUGGAACAGAGAGUUGCUGCCGCAGCCGAAAAUAAAGUCGAAUUCGAGAGAGAAAGUCUGAAAUGGAAGAAGGAACGGAACAAUCUACUGGAACAACUAGAGAAUCAGAAACAAAAUCUGAACUCCGAUACAAGACGUGAGGUCGCCCUCAAAGCAUCGGCUUUAAUCGACCAAGAGAUUACCAAAGUACUCGGCAGGGAGAUUGCACAUGUACAGAUCCACAAAGAACGAGAAAAGUUGGUGACGGCUGAAACAGAGCGACUGGAAUUGAUAGAGAAAAACAAGGUUGCCAUGGAGAAAGUCAAAGAAUCAGAAGAACUCAGAAUGGAGAUUGAGAAGAAGAAUGAGAAACUUGAGAAUGAAAUUAAGCUGGUUAAGAACGAGAUAGAGACCGCUUACUCCAAGGUUGAAUGCUUCAAAUCUGAUAUAACUGAUCUCAAUAUUCAGAACAGAAGUCUUCAUAACCAGUUAGAGCUCCAGAAGAAAAACAUCCAGGAGCUAGAGGAGAAAGCAUCCAAUAUGAAAGAAAUGAUUCAUCUUAUGGAAAGUAAUGCAUUACGAGCAGAGAAAAGACAGAAAGAAGUCGAGGAAGAAAUUCAGGUAAGAUUAUUCUGGGUAUUUUGCUAUUAA